CAAAAGCAGGCGGAGACAACAAGACGUCGUCAAAAGAAUAGUCAAAGAAAUCUUAAAGAGAAACGUUGAUUUUGGUCUAUUUAGCCAACGGAGCAAAGAAGAAAAUACCCACAGAUUACCAAAGAAUCAUUCAGCUUAGCUAUGGACUAUUACAAGCCUGAACCCACAGUGAAGGAUGCCAAACCCUUCGACGCCUCCCAAGAUGCCCAAGUGCUGCGGGCAGCCAUGAAAGGAUUCGGCACCGAUGAGCAGGAGAUCAUCGACGUACUCGUUGGCAGAAGCAACCAGCAGAGGCAGACAAUUAAAGCGGUCUACGAAGCUGAGUUCGAGCGGGAUCUGAUUGAUGACCUAAAGGACGAGCUGGGUGGCAAGUUUGAGGAUGUGAUCGUUGGCCUAAUGAUGCCGCCAGUGGAAUAUCUGUGCAAGCAACUGCAUGCCGCAAUGGCUGGAAUUGGAACCGAGGAGGCAACGCUCGUGGAAAUCCUGUGCACUAAGACUAACGAGGAGAUGGCCCAAAUCGUGGCCGUCUACGAGGAGCGUUACCAACGUCCGUUAGCAGAACAGAUGUGCAGUGAGACCUCUGGAUUUUUCCGUCGCCUGCUCACGCUUAUCGUGACCGGAGUUCGCGAUGGAUUAGAUACUCCCGUCGAUCCCGACCAGGCUAAGGAGCAGGCUGCUCAGUUGUACUCCGCCGGCGAGGCUAAGCUGGGAACAGAUGAGGAGGUUUUCAACCGAAUCAUGUCGCAUGCCAGCUUUCCGCAGCUGCGACUUGUCUUCGAGGAGUACAAGGAACUCUCCGGACAGACCAUCGAGCAGGCCAUCAAGCAUGAGAUGUCCGACGAGCUGCACGAGGCCAUGAUGGCAAUAGUUGAGUGCGUCCAGUCACCGGCGGCAUUUUUCGCCAAUCGUCUGUACAAGGCAAUGAAUGGCGCCGGCACCGAUGAUGCCACACUCAUCCGGAUCAUUGUCAGUCGCUCGGAGAUCGAUCUGGAGACCAUCAAACAGGAGUUUGAGCGGAUCUACAACCGCACGCUGCACAGUGCCGUGGUGGACGCGGAGACCUCCGGUGAUUAUAAACGGGCCCUGACUGCAUUACUUGGAACCGCCUAGAUUUCUUGAUGUUGGCAGCUGGUCCGCCCAAUAUUGUAACCGUAUUAAUAGCCUUAUUUGUAGUGUGCCUUUUAGGAAAAAUCACUUUUAAAUGUCUGCGCAUGCGCACACUGUUGGCAAUAAAUAAACACGCAUAAUAGCAGAA